AUGAAUACACUGAUGGCUGACAGAAAGCACGGUGCCGGACUCCAGUGCGGCUUUAGCCUGUUCUGGGUUCCAGUCCAGCUCUCUCGUGCUUCUGUCUGCGCUGUCCAUGAUGGCACUCCUUUGCGUAGCCCCGUGCAGGGCAACGGGGCCCUGGCCCACAAGAAGGUCGAGAGGGGGUUCCCCAAAGACUGCAGAAACAUUCCCAGGGACAGCCCCAGCGGGGUCCAUGUCAUCCAGCCGGCAGGCUCUCCCCCUCGAGUGGUGUGGUGUGACAUGGACACCGAAGGCAAAGGCUGGACCGUUGUCCAGAGAAAUUCUUACAACACAGAGAUCACCUGGAAGGAGUCCUGGAGCACCUACAAGUACGGCUUUGGGAACGUGCAGCAGGAUUACUGGCUGGGCAACGAGUACCUGUCCCUGCUCACGCGGCAGAACAUCUACAAGGUCCGCUUUGUCGUGGAGGACAAAUUCAACAACACCCGCUACGCAGAGUUCGACAUCUUCAGUGUCGAGGAUGAGCCCAGCGGGUACCCUCUGAGGCUGGGCAGGUACUCUGGGGACGGCGAGGACUAUCUCACCACCUAUCACUCCGGCCUGGGGGGCAUACACGACAACAUGAAGUUCAGCACGACUGACAAGGAUCAGGACCAGGCCAGUGGGAAUUGCGCAAGUAGCUAUGGAGGUUGGUGGUACGACAAGUGUCAGAACGUCCUGUUCAAUGGGAAAGGCUACAUCUACUGGGCAGGGUUCUGUAAGAGUGGGGAGUGCAAGUCUUCCCUCAUCCUGGUUAAGCCAACAGACGUGUGCUGUGUCCGGCAGGAGGAGCCCAUCCUCCUUGGGAGCCGGCGCCGCUAAGAAGGGGAGACAAUAUUAAAUCAGACACGGCGCGCCAUCCCCCACCUAAUCAGUGCAGUCCCUGCAAUGCCUCCACUCUGCUCACCCCCUUCCCUGUUGGCUUCUGCACGGUAAAUUCGCUGGAAUAAAUGCUGAGAGCUGACCCAGCUGGUGCGUUCGAAGGACACGAAGAGUGUGAUUGGUGUGUAUAACUGGACCCCCACUUCCACUCUGCCUCGCUGGAAGCCAUGUCACUCACUACAACUUUAGACCCACAUUAACCUCUGCUUCUCCCAGCCCUGCCACUGCCCCUUGGCAUUAGUGAUCAAUGAAUCAUGACACUGGAUUUCUAGCAACUGUAAUUGAGCAUUUAAAUGGGAAGAUGACUCAAACCCAGGACUUUACAUCUUAAUCCUUCAUGUAUUAGCAGUGGUGAGUUUGGGUUCAAAAACCUGGCCUCUGUGUUUUUAAUAAAUAUGGUUAUUACAUGAGAAAACAUUGCAACAGUAAUUAGUUGCUGAUGAACCAUUGAGAUUAGAUAGACGUGCAACGAAACCGCACAAUAAAGAUAUUGGUGUCCCUCUUCAACCCAAGGGGCUAGUCAAAGUUUGGGGCCCUGGGGAUGUUCCAGUGGGGAUCAGAAAUUGGCAAUGGAGUCUGGGGGCUAGUUUCUGGGCACACGCCAUCAUGGCUUGUUCUACAUGAGGCCCCCUUACCUGUUGCUUCCAGCUGUCUUAAAUGAAGAGUGCAUCCUCACAGCUGUGUCAAUGAGAUUUUAACUCCACCCAUCACAAGGUAUAAUCCAGCUCCUAGCAGUGUAUUUAUCUGUCAGGCUGACGUCCUCUGAGCAUCUCUGAGCAUUUCCUGCCUGUUUGGCUUCAGUCACUUCAAUCAAAGUUCAUUGUGACCAGAUGCUGAACACCAUUAAUGCUAACAGCCAGGGGCAGGAGCACCCCCCGAACAGGGAACGAACAGGCUAAAGAAUAACGCCAUGGAUUCAAGUCAGCUGGGCCUGAUGAAGUUCACCCUCGGGCAGGGCUCCCAAAUCGUGGGCUAUAGCCCAAAGAUGGGCCAUGACGUAGCCCUGGCUGGUCCACUGGCAGGGGUGAAGAUGGGGGGGAAUGUGAAGGGGUGUUGCCC